UGAGGUUUGACCAGCAGAGGCAGAGCCCACCUCUGGCUUAGAAUCACUGACAUUUAAACUCCAGGCUUCAACCUGUUUACAAGCGGGCUUUCCAAAGGAAGGGGGAGAGGGGGACAGGGCCAAACAAAACACCAGCCGCCAUCCCCCCAAACAAGAAGUCACUUUCUGGAGGCUUCACAUCAACAGGCACCACCAAAAAGAGAAAGGAACAGGAGAAGAAAACAACGGCGACCGGGCAGCCACCUCCGGUUCUGACAACUCCAAAGGGACACACUUUUAGAAGUGGCUAGCAGGCUGGGAAUCCGCAGAGAGGGAUCAGAAGACCUUUUUGCAUCUAACAUGGUGAAGAAAGGAGUGAAGAAGAGAACAAAGUAACUCCUGGGGGAGCGAAGAGCGCUGGUGACCACCGCCACCACCAGCUCCUGCUGUGGGGCCACCCACGUCCACCAUUCACCCGGAGGCUGGGAGGCACAGGCAGAUCCUAGCAAGGAGCGAGGAGAGGCAGCCGGCCCUUCCGAGGAGUUAUGGAUGUUGGUGCAUUCACUUCUGGCCAGAUCCGCGCCCAGAGGGAGCUAACCAGCAGCCGCCACCUCCAGCUGUCUCCUCGCCUUGCACCAGGUCUUACCCUUCCAGUAUGUUCCUUCUGAUGAGACAAUCCCCAGUGCCGAGAGCUUCAGGACAAUGUGGAAAUGGAUACUGACACAUUGUGCCUCAGCCUUUCCCCACCUGCCCGGCUGCUGCUGCUGCUGCUUCUUGUUGCUGUUCUUGGUGUCUUCCGUCCCUGUCACCUGCCAAGCCCUUGGUCAGGACAUGGUGUCACCAGAGGCCACCAACUCUUCCUCCUCCUUCUCCCCUCCUUCCAGUGCGGGGAGGCAUGUGCGGAGCUACAAUCACCUCCAAGGGGAUGUCCGCUGGAGAAAGCUCUUCUCUUUCACCAAGUACUUUCUCAAGAUCGAGAAGAACGGGAAGGUCAGCGGUACCAAGAAGGAGAACUGCCCGUACAGUAUCCUGGAGAUAACAUCAGUGGAAAUCGGGGUUGUUGCUGUCAAAGCCAUUAAUAGCAACUACUACUUAGCCAUGAACAAGAAGGGGAAACUCUAUGGCUCUAAAGAAUUUAACACUGACUGUAAGCUGAAGGAGAGGAUAGAGGAAAAUGGAUACAAUACCUAUGCAUCUUUUAACUGGCAGCACAACGGGAGGCAAAUGUAUGUGGCCUUGAAUGGCAAAGGAGCCCCAAGGAGAGGACAGAAAACAAGAAGGAAAAACACCUCAGCUCACUUUCUUCCAAUGGUGGUACACUCAUAGAGGAAGACAACAUUUGAGGAUGCAGUAGAAACAAAGGCUGCUUUGCCAGGAGUAGAUGGCGUUCUUCAAGAAGACAGUAGCUCAGAAGACAAAGACACAUUGCAGAUAACUGCUUGCUUAAAAGAAACGAAGUCAUUGAAGGUUUUUGUAUUCACUGCUGACAUAUGAUGUUCUUUUCGUUAGUUCUGUGUCAUGCCUUAUAAUCAAGAUAUAAGCAGAUCAAACGGGAUAGAAGUUAUUCCCAAGCGAACAACACUAUGGCUGGGUUAUUUUGUUAAGCUUUUGUUUAGGUUUUGGAACCUCUGAGAUAGAACUUAAAGGACAUGGAACAAUCUGUUGAAUGAUCUUUGGGAAAGUUAUUUAUGGAAUACGAACUCAUAUCAAAGACUUUCAUUGCUCAUUCAAGCUUAAUGAUUCAAUGAGCAGGAAGACACACAAGCAUUUACUGGAAAGCACUUGGGUCAUAUCAUAUGCACAACCAAAGGAGCUUUGGGUGUAGCAUCAUGGAAGAAUUGGAUAGAAUUUAAAAAAUAUAAACAUGUUAGUGUGAAACUGUUCUAACAAUACAAAUAGUAUGGUAUGCUUGUGCAUUCUGCCUUCAUCCUUUUCUAUUUCUUUCUAAGUUAUUUAUUUAAUAGGAUGUUAAAUAUCUUUUGGGGUUUUAAAGAGUAUCUUCAGCAGCUGUCCUCUGCUUUACCUCUUCUUUUUCUUUAGCACACCACAUGCAUGUUCAUGACAAAGUGUUUUUAAAACUUGGCAAACACUUCAAAAUUAGGAGAUGGGAUAGGGAAACAGUAUGAGUGCCCCAUGCGCUAUCAGUUGACUAAAUUUGCGCUUCUACAAUAAGAAACAUCCACAUUAAGUAUGGCAGUACUGUGCCAUGGCCUGAGUGAGAGAUUUCUGCCAGUCCAUUUGAAAACACACUACUCCUGAGGCUUCUAUUCUUAUGAAGUAGACCAGAAGGCCAAAUUCUUUUUAGUGCAUUAAGUAGUCUCUAAGAAUAUACCUCCAAAAAGAAGGAAAAUUAACUGUCUAAUACAUUUAGUAGCCAUGCCUCAUUAUUUACUAAUGACUGCUUACUAUGUCACAGUGGUAAAUGACGAAGAGGCUGUCUGAAUAUAUAAGAAGCCUUUGUAAGUCCUACAUAACACUUCUUCCUAAAAAGUUAUCAAGAAAUCUGGUAAGUGUAACUCUCCCAGGGGCUUAAACUGAGCAAUAUAUUCUAGUAUAUGUGUAACCAUAUACUGAAAACUGUUCAAGCUAUGUGAACUAGUCUUUACAAAACCAAAUAAAACUUAUUUUCUGUAAAUUUAAAGAGCUUAAGAAGGUUCUAUAAUGUAACCAUUUUGAAAUUCAUUUUGUUAGAGCAGAUAUAGAAAACAGUACAUAAGAGUUUACCAGUCAUCGUCACAUUUAUUCCACUAAAUAAAUACAUAAGCCUUAUUUGCAGUGUCUGUAGUGAUUUUAAAAAAAUGUAGAAAGAUAUUAUUCAUUCUAAAUACUUUAAGUGAUAACUAUAAGAUUAUAUUGAUGCUGCAGUUUUAUCUUCAUAUUCUUGUUUUGAAAAAGUCUGUUUAUUUUUAUUGUUUGGACACAGUAUUUUGGUACAAGGAAUAGACUCCCUCCCUGUGUCUUUUUACUAAAGUUUAACCUCUAGAAAGGCUGGUGUUUUGUGAUCCUCUUAUAACUUAUUUGUGUCAAUGCUUACCCAGCAUUUCCAAUUAAUUUCUUAUUUAAAAGUUAGCUUUAUUAAGAAAUUUUCCAAGAAAGUAUCCCCCUAAAAGGUCAUAUUUUUCUUAUUCCUCGGCAAAGUUGUAUUUUGUAAGAAAUGCACUUGAGGCACAGCGUUUUGGUGUAUGACUAAAGUUGCAUUUCCCAAUACUUUGCUUCCAACUUUCUUUUUGACAAAUGGGAUUCUAAAAAUGCUUAAUUUCUGGGGCGUGGUGGCACCCGCCCUAUGGCAAAAAUGCUUAAUUUCUGUGGUUUGAAUCUGUUUGGUAAAAUUGAAUUGGUACUGAGUCUGAGCGCUAUAAUGUAACACAUUCCUAUGAAAGCUAGAUAUCUUUUUUCUUUUAUUUUAAAAUAAUAAUUGCACCUGACACAUGAGCAUGGACCACCCACAACUGAAAGGAAAUGUUUGGUGAGAUAAAUACAGUAUUAGAUGACCACAGUAACAGCAAAUAGGGCACAAACUGGAUUCUUAUUUCACAUAGCCCUUUAGAUUACCAAAGAGACUAUGUGUAAACAGUCAUCAUUAUAGUACUCAACACAUUAAAACAGCUUCUAGCAAAAUGUAUCAAAGCUGACAGAGGCCCAAAAUAGAAAACAUCUCUCCCUCCUCCCAACCCACCUCACACAUACCCCAACAGAGAUAAAAACAGAAGCGGUUCUAUAAGGAGUAAUACGAUUUUCCUACAUUUAAAACUAGUGUCUUCGAUAUUAAGAUAGAAUUUGGGUCGCCUUGCAACUACUGAAGGAAAAGCGGUUCUAACCCUGACUGUUGUAGGUUUAAAAAAAUAUAUAUAUUUUGGGAGUUAUACCUCUGUGGGAAGUGUGGGCUCCAACCCACCAAGGCAAGGAGCAUCCGCCACAGAUGUGUCCAUACGAUUGCUGGUUCUGAGGAGACUCCUCGUGAAGAUAUAGAAUCACUCCCUCCUCCUACCUCCCAAAAAGGCUGAACAGUGUAUAGUAUGUUACAUUUAAAUAAAAACAAUAAAAAUGUUGGGAAAAGAGAA